CUGCUUCCUAAGAAAGAACCAACUCUUUCUCUUCUAUACACACUCCCUCCUACCUUCCUAUCAUCACUAACAUACAUAAAAAUGAUCAAGAGUAGUGAUCAAACAUGUUGCUCAAGCUUCCUCAAGAACUGCAAGCCAUACAUGGGUAUGAUAUCGUUGCAGUUUGGCUACGCCGGCAUGAACAUCAUAACCAAGAUAUCGCUCAACGGAGGGAUGAGCCACUACGUGUUGGUCGUUUAUCGCCAUGCCAUUGCCACUGCCGUCAUAGCCCCCUUUGCUUUCUUCUUCGAGAGGAAGGCACAGCCAAAGAUAACAUUCCCAGUUUUCAUGCAGAUUUUCGUUCUCGGGCUUCUAGGGCCUGUGAUUGAUCAGAACUUCUACUAUGCGGGCCUCAAACUCACUUCACCAACAUUUUCAUGUGCAAUGAGCAACAUGCUGCCUGCCUUAACAUUUGUCAUGGCUAUUAUAUUCAGGAUGGAGAAAGUGGACAUAAAGAAGGUGAUAUACCAAGCGAAAGUGGUGGGGACGAUCAUAACGGUGGGAGGGGCGAUGCUGAUGACCUUAUACAAGGGGCCACUGGUGGAGAUGGUGUGGUCUAAGCACCGGCAAUCCCAUACGGGUGGCGGCAGCAGCGCAGGCGAGACGAGCGACCGUGACUGGUUCAUCGGCUGCAUUCUUCUCAUCAUUGCCACCCUUGCAUGGGCCUCUCUCUUCAUCUUGCAGAAAGCUGCCCUCAAAACGUACUCGAAUCAUCAACUGUCCCUUACAUCAUUGGUCUGCUUCAUGGGAACAAUUCAGGCUAUUGCUGUAACCUUUGUCAUGGAACACAAUACCUCAGUCUGGAGAAUUGGUUGGGACAUGAAUCUCCUUGCUGCUGCAUAUGCUGGAAUUGUGACGUCUAGCAUUUCAUAUUACGUACAAGGACUUGUAAUGAAGACGAAAGGGCCGGUCUUCGCCACCGCGUUUAGCCCUUUGAUGAUGAUCAUCGUCGCAAUCAUGGGCUCCUUCAUACUAGCCGAGAAAAUCUAUCUUGGAGGUGUGAUCGGAUCAGUGAUAAUUGUGGUGGGUCUCUACUCAGUACUGUGGGGGAAGUACAGGGAAGAAAAAGAGGAGAAGAUAAAGAGACAAUUGCAAGAAAUACCAGAAGCCAUAAAAGAUAGUAACAUUACACAAGUAACGGUGGAAAACAUAGAAGCUGAAAAGUGCACGUCAAUUGCUAUCCACAUGCCCCUAUCCAACCCCCCAACCAAAGCAACCGAUCAUCAACAAGUCUGACAUGCAUGAAGAGCAACUCAUCACUCUUGUUUUCGUUUUCGUUUUUUCUUGUUUAUUUUGGGAUUUUUGUACUUGUUUUCAUUACGAUCUUUAGUUCCUCGUUAAUUCUGGGUUUUAAGAUGGAUCGAUUUUGGUUGAACUAAGUAAGCCAAGAAUGUAAUUAGGACUUGAUUAUGCAACUAAGAGAAUCAGGCCAGGAAUCUCUUUUACUACUUGGAAUGGAGUGUUAAUUCCCUGGGAAUAA